AUGUCAGCAUUCCAAGACACCCAUAUUCAUGAUGUUCUCAUCGUUGGCGGAGGCCCUUGCGGCCUUGCUGUCGCUGCACGUCUCUGUGAAAGCACACCCUCAUCACUCUUUACCGACUCCGAACACCAACGUUAUCACUGGAUGAAAGCAUCUUCGGCACGUCAAACAUCUAAGCCUUUUAAAACAAGUCGUCGUUCUCACACAGCAAGCGAUCGAUUGGUACAAGGAGCGUCUUGCUGUAACGUUCUUGAUAUCGCUGUGCUGGACGCUCACGGCGACGAGUGGAUGAGUGCUUGGAAUGAGAGAUUUAAGAAAUUAGAGAUUAGGUACUUGAGAAGUCCAAUGUUCUUUCAUCCGGAUCCCAGAGACAGAGAUGGUUUGAGGGGUUAUGCGUGGAAGGAGGGGAGAGACAACGAACUUAAGGAGAUUCAUGGGGUUAUUGGCAAAGAGUUGAGUAAACAUCAGAGGAAACAGAAGAUGAAAAAAAGUGGUAAAAGCAGACAAGAAACUACAUUUCUUGACGAGCGGGAUCGACCUGAUUAUUUCAGGCCAAGUACCGCUCUCUUUAAGAGCUUUUGCGAAGACAUUGUCAGUCGUUAUGAUCUGGGAAAUGUUGUGGAAAGAUCUGAAGUCAAUUCCAUCGAUUAUGAACCCAACGAAUGCGCGGAUUGUCCUGGUGUAUUCACGCUUCAAACAGCAACUGGCACAAAACGAGCACGCAUCGUUGUUUUUGCAGCAGGUGCUGCUUUAAACCCAGCUUUACCAGCUGACUGCCCAUUCUCCCAUGAAGGAAGCAUAACUCACGCCCUUAUUCCCUCAUAUCUCAGCUCGAGCGAUAAACUCCUUCCUCCGCACAUGGUCCGUAAAAUCUCGCGCAAACAACAAACGAACCUACUCGUCGUAGGUGGCGGUCUUACUGGUGCCCAGAUUGCAGAUGCAGCACUCAAACACGGCGUCACAAAAGUAUACCAGAUAAUGCGUGGACCACUCAAAGUCAAAGAUUUCGAUAUGGAACUUGGAUGGGUUGCAAAAUUCAAGAAUCACUUCCUUGCUCGCUACUGGAGUGCGGAUUCUGAUGAGGAGAGACUAGAAAUGUAUAAGGAAGCGAGGAACGGCGGAAGUGUCAACUCGGAGUACCACCAUAUUCUGAAAACCCAUAUUUCAAAAGGUCGGGUUUCCCUCCAUGAAUAUACUAAUAUUACUUCCGCUUCCUGGGAUUCUGUGUUGCAAUCGUGGAAGGUGGAGACUUCUCCCGAGUUGUUGGAUCUACCUGCAUUCGAUCAUGUCAUGUAUGCAACAGGUUUUGAUAUCAAUUUUGAGAAGAUUGAAGCAGUCCAGCCGCUGAUUAAGAAAUAUGGCAUUGAGACAGUUGGAGGUUUUCCAUGCUUGACGCAUGAUUUGAGUUGGAGUGACAAGGUACCAUUCUUUGUUACUGGUAGAUUAGCAAGUUUGAGGAUGGGUCCGGCUUCACCAAAUCUUGAAGGGGCAAGAAUGGGUGCUGAGAGGAUUGCCUGGAAGGUAGGUGAGCUUCUAGGACGUGGAGGGUCGGAUAGCAAGGGUGGAAGACGUGACAGUGGUUAUAGCAGUGUUGAUGGAGAAAACGAAGGUGUUGAUUUUAGAAGAUUGGGUCUGGGGAUUGAGAACCAAUUUGAUGUUUUAGAUCAGAGCGACGAUAAUUGA